CGCCCUUCGGAGCCCUUCAGAGCGUUCGGCGCCCUUCGGAACUCUUCGGAGCCUUUCGGCGCCCUGGGGCCGCUGUGGCUCGGUGCGGCGCUGCCCGUGAGCGCAGCGCAGCGCGUGGAGGCGGUGGGAGCGUGCUCCGUUGCCGAGCGGGCAGCGAAGGAAACGCAACCGCGGGGCCCUCCCCGGAACGCGGGGACGGAAACAGCCACGGGCAGCCCCGCGCUGCCUCCGCCCCGCGGCUGCGCGGCACCGGCACGGCACGGCACGGUACUGCACGGCACUGGACGGUACUGGGCGGUACUGGUCGGAGAGAUGGUGCCGGAGCUGCGCAAGACCACGGUCCGCAUCCAGCAGCCGGAGCGCGUCAUGGCGGUAAUCCGCGCCAUCAAGGAGCAGGGCAGCAGCAAGCUGCAGGUCAUCUCUGACUUCGACAUGACACUGAGCAGGUUUGGGUGCAAUGGCCGGCGCUGCCCCACGUCGCACAAUAUCCUUGACAACAGCCGUGUUAUUAGUGAGGACGGGAAGAAGAAGUUAAAAGAUCUGCUGCACCACUACUACCCCAUCGAAAUCGAUCCCAACCGGACCCUGGAAGAGAAACGUCCCCUGAUGGUGGAGUGGUGGACCCGGGCCCAUGAGCUGCUGUCACAGCAGAAGAUCCAGAAGGGAGACAUCGCCCAGAUCGUCAGGGAGUCGGAUGUGAUGCUGAGGGAUGGAUUCAAUGAAUUGUUUGAUCAGCUGCAUAAGUACAGCAUCCCCAUGUUCAUCUUCUCUGCUGGUGUCGGUGACAUCCUCGAGGAGAUUAUCCGUCAGGCCAAUGUCUUCUACCCCAACGUCAACGUGGUGUCCAACUACAUGGACUUUGAUGACAGCGGAGUCCUCAAGUGCUUCAAGGGCCCUCUCAUCCACACCUACAACAAGAACAACAGCGUGCUGCAGGGCACUGCGUACUUCCAGCAGCUGAGCACUCGGACGAGCAUCAUCCUUCUGGGGGACUCCAUGGGCGACCUGACGAUGGCGGAUGGCGUUCCCAGUGUGGAGAACAUCCUCAAGAUCGGCUUCCUCAAUGACAAGGUGGAGGAGCGGCGGGGGAAGUACCUGGAUGCCUACGACAUUGUGCUGGAGAGCGAUGAGACCUUGGAUGUGGUCAAUGGGAUUCUGCGGUACAUCCUCACGGAGACAUGAGCUGGGCAGCAGCGUCCCAGCCCCAGCCCGUCAGCCACACGCCCAGGGAUGAGCACCCUUAGCAAAGCAGGACGGGUGUCCUGGUACCUGCCUGAAUCCAUCCCGGUGCUGGGGCGGUCCCCCUGCCCCGGCUGUUGUGUUGUGCCCCAAACCUCACAGCUCUUCUGGUCAGUUUGGGGCUGGAGGAAGCAAGGAGCCCGCCCUGCACCCUGCAUCCCACUCAGCCUCCAGCAGCACUGGGGCCACAGCAAACAUUUGUGUUCUGGGGAGAGAUGUUCUGUGCUUCUCUCCAGCAGCUGAGCACAGAACCGGGCUGUUUGCUGUGCCUUGAGGGCAGACCUGGUUUGAGUUGAAGCUGUUUGGUUUUACUGCAUUCCUGUCUGAGAAAACAAGCAUUUCUGCUAUUAUCCUGUUUUCUGGGGCCUCAGGGUGCCAGGCUGAGCCCCUGCUUUGGGGCUGUGGGGAAAGGGCAGGGCCGGGUGGUCCCGCAGCCGGGGGCAGUGGGUGCUGGGGAUGCUGUGCCCUGGGGCGGUUCCGCUGGGUUUCCGUGGGCUCUGGCCUCAGCCCUCAGCUCGCUCACCACCCUCCAUGCUGUGGGCUGAUUAAAUGUCACUUCUGGACAGUGCAGAUCUCUGCUUUGUUGAAAUAAAAUCGACUAAAGCUGCA